CUGCAUGCUGUUGCUUGCUCUAGAAUUUGAUGGUCAAAGGGAGUGAGUGAAAGGGAAGAAAGAAUCUGAUAUGGAAGAAAGCAUCACAUUGACAAGAGAGCCUUUUCUUGCCAAAGAACAGCAAACUUCAUCUUCUCUGAUCAAGCAUUUGUAUAUUGGUCACUUCUUAGCUAGAUGGGAUGCCAGGAUGUGGGAAUUCUCUGUUGGUUUAUACAUGAUCAAUAUUUGGCCAGAGUCCUUGCUGUAUGCAGCAAUAUAUGGUGCCGUUGAAUCUGCCUCCAUUGCUGUGUGUGGUCCCAUAAUUGGAAGAUGGGUUGAUAAGUUGUCUUAUGUGAAGGUUUUGCAGUUGUGGUUGGUGACACAAAAUCUCUCUUUUGUUAUUGCCGGGGCAACUGUAGUUGUUUUACUUGUCAACUCACCUUUGAAGUUUACAAAUUUUUCAGCUUUCCCAUUACUGUUAUGGACCAUCAAUAUCUGUGGUGGCAUUGGUGUGCUUUCUACCCUUGCCGGCACAAUCUUGAUUGAAAGAGAAUGGUUGUUAGUUAUAGCGGAAGGUCAACCCCCAGAAUUGCUGACAAAGAUGAAUUCAGUUAUGAGACGCAUUGAUCUAACCUGCAAACUUCUUGCUCCAGUUAUUACUGGGUUUAUAAUAAGCUUUGUUUCACUAAAAGCAUCUGCUAUAACUUUAGCACUGUGGAAUACUGUGUCCGUUUGGGUGGAGUAUUGGCUUUUCACAUCUGUAUAUAAUGGGAUUCCAGCAUUAGACGAAAGUAGCCAGAGGAGGAUGGCAAGACUAUCACAAAGUGAGCAACAAAGAAGCAAUCCAACUUUGGAGGAAGAUAGCUUGCUUUCUGUUACUGCUGGUAGCUCAGAAUUGGUGGAUAGGAAACAAAGUAAAAAACUUUGUGAAAAGAUUUCAGAAAUUCCUUAUGUUGCUGCAUGGAAAGUUUAUUUAAAGCAAGAAGUUGCCCUUCCUGGACUGGCUCUGGCUUUGCUAUUUUUCACUGUACUCAGCUUUGGAACUUUGAUGACAGCCACCUUAGAAUGGGAAGGUAUACCUGCAUUUGUUAUUGGAAUGGCAAGAGGAAUAAGUGCUGCGAUUGGAAUUGCAGCAACACUUGCAUAUCCUAUGCUACAGUCUCAAAUAUCAACUAUUAGAGCAGGACUUUGGUCUGUAUGGUCUCAGUGGACUUGCCUCAUUCCAUGUAUAGCUGCAAUAUGGAUCCAUAGGGGCUUUCUAUCAUCAUAUAUUCUUAUGGGAAGUGUAGCCAUUUCUCGCCUUGGAUUGUGGAUGUUUGAUUUGUCUGUGCUUCAGCAAAUGCAGGAUCUUGUUCCUGAAUCUGAUCGUUUGAUUGUUGGGGGUGUCCAGAACUCACUUCAGUCUUUGAUGGACUUAUUAGCCUAUGUUAUGGGAAUCAUAAUUUCUGAUCCACGGGUGAGCUUUUAAACAUACAUGUCCUACCCGAAAUAUUUACUUU